AUGAACGGAUAUCACCGCAGGCGACCCCCUCGAAAACAUUCCGCCACGCGUGUUGAAGAGAUGAAAGGUCGAANUGAAGAGAUGAAAGGUCGAACAUCUCCUACCCUGUCCACGCGCUCCAUGCCUUACAUACAGCUGAACGGAGGUCGUCGGAUUUCGUCUGCUUCAUCCUCUGCAACAGUGAACGACACUGGAAACAAGAAUGAUGGUCUGUUCACUAUGGAAAGUGUGAAAGAUGUCAUUGAUCGACUGAAAAAAGAAGUCGACCUAGAAAGAAGCAAGCGUGUCAGUAUCGCAAAGCAGCGAAGUGAGGAUAUUUUCAAACUGGUGCUUCGAUCAAAGGCAGAACAACGUUCGUUUGUGAAUGCUUUCAAAACGGAAGCUAAAUCUUUGCAACAAUUGAAGGAGACUAGUUUAAAAGACCAAAAAGCACCGGUCAAUGCCCUAUACGAUCCCGAUGUUUCCACUUUUGACGGGUAA